AUGACCCUGCCCCAUUCUCCCGCUUUCCAUCACACCGCUCCAUUCUCCCGCUUUCAUCACCCCGCCCAAUUCUCCCUCUUUUCAUCACCCCUCCCCAUUCUCCCUCUUUCCAUCAUCUCGCCCCAUUCUCCCGCUUUCUAUCACCCCACCCCAUUCUCCCUCUUUCCAUCACCCCGCCCCAUUCUCCCGAUUUCCAUCACCCCGCCCCAUUCUCCCGCUUUCCAUCACCCCGCCCCAUUCUCCCUCUUUCCAUCAGCCCGCCCCAUUCUCCCUCUUUCCAUCACCCCGCCCCAUUCUCCCGCUUUCCAUCACCCCGCCCCAUUCUCCCGCUUUCCAUCACCCCGCCCCAUUCUCCCUCUUUCCAUCACCCUGCCCCAUUCUCCCUCUAUCCAUCACCCCGCCCAAUUCUCCCGCUUUCCAUCACCCCGCCCCAUUCUCCCUCUAUCCAUCACCCGACCCAAUUCUUCUCUUUCCAUCACCCCGCCCCAUUCUCCCGCUUUCCAUCACCCCGCCAAAUUCUCCCACUUUCCAUCACCCCGCUCCAUUCUCCCGCUUUCCAUCACCCCGCCCAAUUCUCCCUCUUCCCAUUACCCCUCCCCAUUCUCCCUCUUUCCAUCACCCCGCCCCAUUCUCCCGCUUUCCAUCACCCCGCCCCAUUCUCCCUCUUUCCAUCACCCCGCCCCAUUCUCCCGCUUUCCAUCACCCUGCCCCAUUCUCCCUCUUUCCAUCACCCCCGCUCCAUUCUCCUGCUUUCCAUCACCCCGCCCCAUUCUCCCGCUUUCCAUCACCCCGCUCCAUUCUCCCGCUUUCCAUCACCCGCCCCAUUCUCCCGCUUUCCAUCACCCCGCCCCAUUCUCCCUCUUUCCAUCACCCGUCCCAUUCUCCCGCUUUCCAUCACCCCGCCCCAUUCUCCCUCUUUCCAUCACCCCGCCCCAUUCUCCCUCUUUCCAUCACCCCUCCCCGUUCUCCCGCUUUCCAUCACCCCGCCCUAUUCUCCGUCUUUCCAUCACCCCGCCCCAGUCUCCCACUUUCAAUCACCCCGCCCCAUUCUCCCGCUUUCCAUCACCCCGCCCCAUUCUCCCCCUUUCCAUCACCCCGCCCCAUUCUCCCACUUUCCAUCACCCCGCCCCAUUCUCCCGAUUUCCAUCACCCCUCCCCAUUGUUUCACUUUCCAUCACCCCGCCCCCAUUCUCCCUCUUGCAUCAGCCCGCCCCAUUCUCCCUCUUUCCAUCACCCCGCCCCAUUCUCCCGCUUUCCAUCACCCCCGCCCCAUUCUCCCCGCUUUCCAUCACCCCGCCCCAUUCUCCCGCUUUCCAUCACCCCGCUCCAUUCUCCCGCUUUCCAUCACCCCGCCCAAUUCUCCCUCUUCCCAUUACCCCUCCCCAUUCUCCCUCUUUCCAUCGUCCCGCCCCAUUCUCCCGCUUUCCAUCACCCCGCCCCAUUCUCCCCGCUUUCCAUCACCCCGCCCCAUUCUCCCUCUUUCCAUCACCCUGCCCCAUUCUCCCUCUAUCCAUCACCCCGCCCAAUUCUCCCGCUUUCCAUCACCCCGCCCCAUUCUCCCUCUAUCCAUCACCCCACCCAAUUCUUCUCUUUCCAUCACCCCGCCCCAUUCUCCCGCUUUCCAUCACCCCGCCGAAUUCUCCCACUUUCCAUCACCCCGCUCCAUUCUCCCGCUUUCCAUCACCCCGCCCAAUUCUCCCUCUUCCCAUUACCCCUCCCCAUUCUCCCUCUUUCCAUCACCCCGCCCCAUUCUCCCGCUUUCCAUCACCCCGUCCCAUUCUCCCUCUUUCCAUCACCCCGCCCCAUUCUCCCGCUUUCCAUCACCCCGCUCCAUUCUCCCGCUUUCCAUCACCCGCCCCAUUCUCCCGCUUUCCAUCACCCCGCCCCAUUCUCCCUCUUUCCAUCACCCGCCCCAUUCUCCCGCUUUCCAUCACCCCGCCCCAUUCUCCCUCUUUCCAUCACCCCGCCCCAUUCUCCCUCUUUCCAUCACCCCUCCCCGUUCUCCCGCUUUCCAUCACCCCGCCCUAUUCUCCGUCUUUCCAUCACCCCGCCCCAGUCUCCCACUUUCAAUCACCCCGCCCCAUUCUCCCGCUUUCCAUCACCCCGCCCCAUUCUCCCCCUUUCCAUCAUCCCGCCCCAUUCUCCCACUCUCCAUCACCCCGCCCCAUUCUCCCUCUUUCCAUCACCCCUCCCCGUUCUCCCGCUUUCCAUCACCCCGCCCCAUUCUCCCUCUUUCCAUCACCCCGCUCCAUUCUCCUGCUUUCCAUCACCCCGCCCCAUUCUCCCUCUUUCCAUCACCCCGCUCCAUUCUCCUGCUUUCCAUCACCCCGCCCCAUUCUCCCGCUUUCCAUCACCCCGCUCCAUUCUCCCGCUUUCCAUCACCCGCCCCAUUCUCCCGCUUUCCAUCACCCCGCCCCAUUCUCCCUCUUUCCAUCACCCGUCCCAUUCUCCCGCUUUCCAUCACCCCGCCCCAUUCUCCCUCUUUCCAUCACCCCGCCCCAUUCUCCCUCUUUCCAUCACCCCUCCCCGUUCUCCCGCUUUCCAUCACCCCGCCCUAUUCUCCGUCUUUCCAUCACCCCGCCCCUGUCUCCCACUUUCAAUCACCCCGCCCCAUUCUCCCGCUUUCCAUCACCCCGCCCCAUUCUCCCCCUUUCCAUCACCCCGCCCCAUUCUCCCACUUUCCAUCACCCCGCCCCAUUCUCCCGAUUUCCUUCACCCCUCCCCAUUGUUUCACUUUCCAUCACCCCGCCCCAUUCUCCCUCUUUGCAUCAGCCCGCCCCAUUCUCCCUCUUUCCAUCACCCCGCCCCAUUCUCCCGCUUUCCAUCACCCCGCCCCAUUCUCCCGCUUUCCAUCACCCCGCCCCAUUCUCCCGCUUUCCAUCACCCCGCUCCAUUCUCCCGCUUUCCAUCACCCCGCCCAAUUCUCCCUCUUCCCAUUACCCCUCCCCAUUCUCCCUCUUUCCAUCGUCCCGCCCCAUUCUCCCGCUUUCCAUCACCCCGCCCCAUUCUCCCGCUUUCCAUCACCCCGCCAAAUUCUCCCACUUUCCAUCACCCCGCUCCAUUCUCCCGCUUUCCAUCACCCCGCCCAAUUGUCCCUCUUCCCAUUACCCCUCCCCAUUCUCUCUCUUUCCAUCACCUCGCCCCAUUCUCCCGCUUUCCAUCACCCCGUCCCAUUCUCCCUCUUUCCAUCACCCCGCCCCAUUCUCCCGCUUUCCAUCACCCUGCCCCAUUCUCCCUCUUUCCAUCACCCCGCUCCAUUCUCCUGCUUUCCAUCACCCCGCCCCAUUCUCCCGCUUUCCAUCACCCCGCUCCAUUCUCCCGCUUUCCAUCACCCGCCCCAUUCUCCCGCUUUCCAUCACCCCGCCCCAUUCUCCCUCUUUCCAUCACCCCGCCCCAUUCUCCCUCUUUCCAUCACCCCUCCCUGUUCUCCCGCUUUCCAUCACCCCGCCCUAUUCUCCGUCUUUCCAUCACCCCGCCCCAGUCUCCCACUUUCAAUCACCCCGCCCCAUUCUCCCGCUUUCCAUCACCCCGCCCCAUUCUCCCCCUUUCCAUCACCCCGCCCCAUUCUCCCACUUUCCAUCACCCCGCCCCAUUCUCCCGAUUUCCAUCACCCCUCCCCAUUGUCCCACUUUCCAUCACCCCGCCCCAUUCUCCCUCUUUGCAUCAGCCCGCCCCAUUCUCCCUCUUUCCAUCACCCCGCCCCAUUCUCCCGCUUUCCAUCACCCCGCCCCAUUCUCCCGCUUUCCAUCACCCCGCCCCAUUCUCCCGCUUUCCAUCACCCCGCUCCAUUCUACCGCUUUCCAUCACCCCCGCCCAAUUCUCCCUCUUCCCAUUACCCCUCCCCAUUCUCCCUCUUCCAUCACCCCGCCCCAUUCUCCGGCUUUCCAUCACCCCGCCCCAUUCUCCCGCUUUCCAUCACCCCGCCCCAUUCUCCCUCUUUCCAUCACCCCGCCCCAUUCACCCUCUUUCCAUCACCCCGCCCCAUUCUCCCGCCUUCCAUCACCCCGCCCCAUUCUCCCUCUUUCCAUCACCCCCGCUCCAUUCUCCCGCUUUCCAUCACCCCGCCCCAUUCUUCCGCUUUCCAUCACCCCGCUCCAUUCUCCCGCUUUCCAUCACCCCGCCCCAUUCUCCCGCUUUCCAUUCCCCGCCCCAUUCUCCCUCUUUCCAUCACCCCGCCCCGUUCUCCCGCUUUCCAUCACCACGCCCCAUUCUCCCUCUUUCCAUCACCUCGCCCCAUUCUCCCUCCUUCCAUCACCCCGUCCCAUUCUCCCGCUUUCCAUCACCCCGCUCCAUUCUCCCGCUUUCCAUCACCCCUGGACUAGUCAAGCUCUUGGAUCAGGCAUGCUUCUGGACCAAGCAAGCUCCUCGACCGGGCAAGCUCCUGGACCACGCAAUCUCUUGUUCCAGGCAAGCUUCUGGACCAGGCAAGAUCCUGGACCAGGCAAGCUCCUAGACCAGGCACGCUCGUGGACCAGGCAAGCUCUUGGACCAGGCAAGCUCCUGGACCAUGCAAGCUCUUGGACCUGGCAAGCUCUUGGACCAGGCAAGCUCCCGGACAAGGCAAGCUCCUAG